CCUCUUCCCACCUAUUCAUUCAUCUAUCAAUUAGUAUCACAAACAUCAUCAGUAUCAUCACGAAUUCACCAUGGGCCACAAGAAGAUCCGCACCGCUCUCUCAGUCGAUCUGAACAAGCCAGCUUGGGAGCAGCCUGGCCUCCACAACAGAUGGCACCCAGACGUCCCCUCCUACGCCAAAAUCGCCAACAACGAAGUAGUCAAAAUCGAAUGUCUCGACUGGACCGGCGGGCAAAUCAAGAACAACGAUUCCGCCGACGACAUCAAGAACGUCGACCUCACUCAGAUCCACUACCUCUCGGGCCCAUUUGAAAUCGAGACCGCAGAGCCCGGCGAUGUCCUCCUGGUCGAGAUCCAAGAUGUGCAGCCCUUCGAGGACCAGCCGUGGGGAUUCACGGGUGUGUUUGAGAAGAGUAAUGGGGGUGGGUUUUUGGAUGAGAUUUAUCCGGAAGCCGCAAAAGCCAUCUGGGACUUCGAAGGCAUCUUCUGCUCCUCGCGCCACAUCCCGCACGUCCGAUUCGCGGGCCUCAUUCACCCCGGUAUACUGGGGUGCGCUCCAUCGGCUGAGGUCCUGGCGGAGUGGAAUCGUCGUGAAGGGGAGCUCAUCGCGGCGAAUACUACCCUUGGACGGGACGUUGCGAAGCCUCCGGAGCCGAGGAGUGCACAUGCCGGUAGUGCGACGGAUGAGGAAUUGAAGGCGAAGAUAGCGAAGGAGGGUGCGAGGACUAUUCCUGGCCGCCCCGAACACGGCGGCAACUGCGACAUCAAGAACCUCUCGCGAGGCUCAAAGGUCUACCUCCCCGUACACGUCCCCGGGGCGAAGUUUUCCGUGGGCGAUUUACACUUCAGCCAAGGUGACGGAGAGAUCUCUUUCUGCGGGGCGAUUGAAAUGGCAGGGAUAAUCACGCUCAAGUUCACUGUCCUCAAAGGGGGUAUGGAGAAGAUGGCCAUGAAGUCUCCCAUUUUCCACCCGGGGCCUGUGGAGCCUCAGUUCGGUCCGGGGAGAUAUCUCACGUUUGAGGGAUUCUCGGUCGAUGAGAAUGGCAAGCAGCAUUAUCUUGAUGCGACUGUUGCGUAUAGGCAGACUUGUUUGAGGGUGAUUGAGUAUUUGAGGCGGUAUGGAUAUAGUGACUAUCAGAUUUAUUUGUUGUUGAGCUGUGCGCCGGUGCAGGGACAUAUUGCGGGGUUGGUGGAUAUUCCGAAUGCGUGUACGACGCUGGGAGUGCCGAUGGAUAUCUUUGAUUUCGAUGUUAGGCCGGAGGCGGAGGUGGUGAGGUUGGAUAUGGGGAGUUGUGCGUUUAGUUCGAAGUAGUGGGUGGUAGUUGGGUGGGAUGGAGUUGUAGGGAG